AUGGCCGAUCAAUCUUCCCAUUCAUCCUCUUUACCUUCAUCACUCUCAUCAGCCCAAAUCACUGCAGGAGAGGUGACAUUACUCGCAGCAAGCCGUCGCCUCGCUGCCCAGCCAAAACCCAUCCCACGAAUCGUCGGAAAACCUUGGCGAAAGCCUUUAGCAGCCAGACCAAUCCAAAUCAGAGAGGGGCAGAGCACAGAGAGUGCCGCACUCCCAACACUGUCAUCUGAAAGCAAAAAGAAGAGAAGAGACAACAGAGAAGUGUUUGGGAGCAUACUAAGUAAUAUGGAAAAGGAAGGAGGGCUGCCCGAAGCUAGGGUUGUUAAUCAACCAUUACCUUUGAAGAAAGAGAUGGAGGAAGCUUCAAGAAGGAGCGCUCUGGCAGUUUCAGAUCCUAAGGAAACUGUUCACACAGAAUCCUGUGAGGGAUCCACUAGAGUUGCUUUGGAGGAAGUGGUGGCGGAGAAGCAAAUUGAAAUGACUGAGGAGAAGAAGAAGAAGAAGAACGAGGAGAAGAGGGCAGAAGGAGAUGAAGAAGCCCAACCAAGGAAGGAGAAGAAAGACAAAAAAUCGAGUGAGAAGAGGGAACGCAGGUGA